AUGGGGUGCACACCAUCACACAAUGGCAUUGUCAACAGUGUUGCCAAGAGUGGCAUUCAAUUUUUUAAGAAGCCCAAAGCAAUUUUGCCAGGAUGUCAGCGGGGCAGCCCAAAAUGUCCCAUCCCUUUGCUGGUUCAAAGUUCUGCCUUCUGUGACCCUGGUGGGGACCUGCACCUGGGACAGAGGCCAACAGAAGAGCCAGCAAGUCCCAAGGAGCCCCAAACCAUGGCUGAAGGUCUUUGUCAGCUCACGAAAGAUAUGAAAGGACUGAUUCCAGAAAGUCAAAGAUUCCAGCUGAACAAGUCACAAAGCCACGCAGCUACGCACAUGUCAUUUGGGAUAGAAGGCUACCACACGAUACAAGAAGCAGAUUUUGCUGGGCAAGAGAGUGAGAAAAACAUUUCCCAGGAGACCUCCAAAUGGAACAAAGAGCCAAUGUGCCAUCAUUCAGACAACCAGGGCCAUUGCUACCAAACUACUCCUGAGUCAAAAGGCAAAGUGGACUUCCCUGAACCCCUGGUAAAGGCCCACCAGCACGCUUAUGCCUACCUGCACACCAGCCUUUCCAGAUACGAAGCAAUCCUGCAUCUGGUCCAGCAGGCCAGCCACACCCGGGAGCUGUUGCAGCCCAUGCUCAACUUCCUGCUGCUGUGUUUCGAGGAAGUCAACCAACUCUUAGGAGAAAUCUCCAAAGAUGGAGAAGUGAUCCUCCAGGAAGUUAGAGGGAAUCUGGCCUGGCCAUCAGGGAAAGGCAAGCCCUGGGAGCAGCCAGAUCUUCUGCAACAGCUGCUGCAGUACACUGUCAACAAGCUACAGGUGGCUCACAGCACAGUGGCUGCCCUCACUGGGAGCUUGCUGGAGGGUUCCAGCAGCUACCUCAGCUCCACUGCUAGCCACCUGGAGGGUAAGCUAAGCACCAAGCGAAGCAUAGAUGAAUGCCUCCUAAGGGCUCUGGGACAGAUAGAGAGUCUGACCACUGGCCAUGGUGACCCUGGGCUGCUGGGUCCACCCUUGUGCUCUGAGGACAGUGGCAUCUGUGCUGACAAUGAGUCUGUGCAGUCCAUGGAGAAGCUUGGCAAGCAAACCAGCUGGGACUUUGCAACAGAGCUUGGAGAAUGGAAGCCGGGAACGGCACGGCAAGUGGAAGCCAGGCUGGCAGGGCAUGCCUGGCAGGAAGGUCCACAUUGGACAGGUUCAGACAGACAUCAAGGCUGUCCACUGUCGAGGCCUGGGAUGGCAAAGAUUCAGCCUGCAGCACAGGACAACGCCAGACACUCUAGUGCCUCCAGCACAGGCCCAGAAGCAGCCACCUCCAGGCCUCCAGAGGGUACCAAAAGCAUUAUGCAGGAUUCCCUGGGGGUUGAGGACCCUGUGAAAACACAUUUUUCUCAAAGCUCUGGGUUGGUGGAGGCUCUCUCCCUGAGUGAAGAUGAAGACAGCAGCCCAGAGGAGGAAGAUGAAGUCAGCAGCACAGAUCUGCACGCUGAGCAACUGAAAGCAUCCUCAAGACCACGGUCCUCACCUGCCACCCGGGAGAGCCUGUUUCAGCCAUACUCCAGGAAGCUGAGGAGCCCCCAGGCUCAGGAGAUGAUUCUGAAAAUGAAAGAGGCCAUCAGUGAAAGGAUCAAGUUUGUUCCUGUGCCUUCCAGACCCCAGGACUGGGCAGAAGAGGAGGAGGGGAGAACAAUGGUCCCUCCAAGACCUAGCACAGCCAGUGGCAGCAGGAGGACCCCUGAGAGACAAAGGAGGUCACAAUCAGAGGGGUGUCUUAAGAGCCAUGUGGAAGACCCCACCCUCCAGGAGCUGAGGAGGGUCCAGACAGACCUUAGUCGGAGACUGGAGGUAUUUUAUGCCCUGGGUGGCACACGGCAGGGACAGAACAAGGAACGGCUUCUGCCAUCCAGGGCAUCAGUGCUGUGCCCCCCUUCCAACUGCAAGGUGAGUCCCAGCAGUGCCAUGAGCAAAUUCAAAGCCUCCCUCACCAAAAAUUUCAGCAUUCUGCCCAAUCAAGACAAGAGCAUUUUGCAAAGAGGUAGUACCCUCUCUGAGCAUGACCAGCCCUGCCAGGAAAAGGCUGAGAGGCUGCCAAAUGCCAUCCUAUGUGGUGAGAAGAACAGUAGGGUUCCCAGGGACACUGAAUGGGACACCAGGGGCUACUGCACCAGAACAUCAGUCAAAAAACUUAUUGAGACCUUCAGUCCCAAUGAGAAUCUGAGGACACCAAGGAACUCCAGGAACUUGGGGUCAAGCCCCUGCCUCAGGAAGUGGGGAGUCCCUGCCAUGCCUCCCAGAUUUCCUAUAUACAGGGGGCUGGCCCCUCUGUAUCCUAAGCCCCAAAUUUCUCCAGCAUCAGGCAGAGAGCCUCUCAAAGUGGGCAUGGGCUGGAGGCCUUCCGCACCCUUUCCUUCUCUUCCUCCAGCAGAAGCAUGCAAAAGGGAAGACAUCAGCUGUGAAGCAGGGGAAGACCUAGAGAAUCUCCCUCCACCACCUCUGGAAAUCCUGAUGGACAAAUCAUUCACUGCUCUGGAGCUACCAGCCACAGGCAGCUCUGUGGAAGAGACCCUGGUACCAGGGCUGCAGCAAGAAAAUAGCAUGCCAAGAAAAACAUGGGCUUCCCUCAAGCUGAGAGCCUCUAUGGGCCCCAUGGACUUGCUCCCCAGCAAAGGCAUAGGCAGCUCCCCGAGGCUGCAUGACACCACCGGGCCAGGAAUCAUCAGGAAUGUGGGCAAUUCCAGAAAGCUGACCUUGGACCUGAACUCCCAGCAAGCAGUGAGCCCAGUGGCAGAGAGUGAGGCUCAUACUCAUUCAGAAGCAGAGAAUGCUGCAAGACACUCUGAGCAUCACCAGAAGACACUGCCCUGGCACCACACUAACACCACAUCUGGGCAAAGCAAGACCCUGGAACCCAGUCUGGCCAGACCUUCACAAGGUCCACACUGUCCAGAAGUAUCCAGGAAGGGGCCAGAGAGAAGCCCUCCAGGAGUCAAAAAAGCCUCUCCCACGAGAGUACAAUGGGCAUCCCAAGGGGACAGGAGGCCACAGAGCCUGCCCUCUUCUCCUGGACUGUCCGAGUCAGGCCCCCGAGCUGUUCUCAGCUCCCAUGACCCACCUCUGAGCCCCAGGACACUGAGCCCUCCAGCCAUAAAGAAGCCAACUUCCCCUGGUGGGCAUCCGCAGUCCAACCCAGCCCAGGAAAGCUGUCCUGUCCAGUGGACAGAAGCAAACACCCCUUCCUCUGACUCCUCAUCAUCUCCCUCAAUUCCUCCCCCUCAGGGGUUCAAGGAGAUGAGUCACUCUGAGGGUGGCGAACCCACCAUGGCUAAAGCACCCAGGAACACAUGUUCUCUAUUCUGCCCAGCCGCCUCCUCUCUGUUUGAAGCUAAAUCAUCCUUCUCAAUACCUCAUCUACGGACACUACCAGAACCUGGGGCCUCUUUGAAGAAUCCAACAGGAGGCUGGAGGGGCAGCUCAGGGUCACGGCUAAGGGCAGAUUUGCAAAGAAGAACAGCUCUGAGCGCCCUGAACCCUCUGCCUUUCAUCAGAAGGACAGCCUCAGACCGCCAGCGCCAGCGCCAGCAGGGCGAUCCACUUCUGCUGCCUGGCAGCUCUUGGGAACCCCAUCCCUGCCAAAGCAGCAGUAGCAGCAGUGAGGACAGCCCCAAGCAAGAGACCCCAUCUUGGAACAACUCCCGUGCCCCAGAAUUGCAGAGCAGCGGCACCAAGUGGGCAUCUCCUUUGGAGCUCUGUGUGCUAGGCCACGGGCUGCAGCCAGAAACCCGUGUCAGCCGUAGCCAGGACAGAUCCCAGCCAGAGUCUCAACACCAGCAGAAGGAAGUGGCCUGA